AGCUGACAAAAUGUUUGCCAUUGUAAAGGAAUCUAAUAAUUGCUUAAGAGUCUGUGGUCCUCAUUGGCAGAGCAGACCAGCGAUCAUGGCCAAGGGAAAAGCCAAAAAUGUGGUGAUCAAGAUGCUGAGUGCGGCAGGCACUGGCUUCUUCUACACCACGACAAAGAACCCGCGCAACGUCACUAGGAAGCUCUCGCUCCGCAAGUACGACCCGAUUGUCCGACAGCACGUGAUUUUUAACGAGACCAAGAUCAAGAAGGGAUAAGCGUCGGCAUAUCUCGCGUACUGGUUUCGAGUAUCAACGCUUUAGGCGAACGCGCGCGUCUAUUACGGUCGCAUUUAGAGAUUGGACCUUUGUGUGUGGGUCGCUUAACGGCAAUACGCAUCCUUCGCUUGUGACACUGA